CGUGGGUUCCCGGGCCCGGGCUUUGUGCUCACUUGGAAGCGGUCUGCUUUGGGGAGCUGGGGUUCGGGACCCAUUGAGCUGCUGGGCUCUUCCUCAGCGGACGCACCCUUUAUCAGCUGGGCCCCCGCUCCCGGCCGUCUGGUCGGCGCCAUGGCUCCUCGCGGGAGGAAGCGGAAGGCCGAGGCCGCGGGGGUCGACCCGGCGGAUAAGCGAGAGAAAGUGGCGGCUGGCGGGGAGGCCGCGGAGGCCGCGGUCGUCGUCAUUGAACACUGCACGAGCUGACGGGUCUAUGGGCGCAAUGCCGAGGCCGUGCGCCAGGCGCUGCGCCAGGCGGCCCCCGGGCUGCCGGUGGAGGUGAACCCCGCCAAGCCCCGCAGGGGCAGCUUCGAGGUGACGCUGCGGCGCCCGGACGGCCGCAGCGCCCAGCUCUGGACUGGGAUUAAGAAGGGGCCUCCUCGCAAACUCAAGUUUCCGGAUCCCCAAGAGGUGGUGGAAGAACUGAAGAAGUGCCAUUCAUGAGGAGACCUGGGCAGAAGCCCUCUUGCUGAGCUUUCAGUCCCUGGUGGUGGUGGAGUAUUUGACGGGACAUGGCCAAACUUUAGUCAUGUACCUGAAAUCAUGGUUCCUUCAUCUCUAGAAAUGAUGGUUCAGUUAUGAGGCAGCUCUCCAGUGAGGCACUGUAAAAGUGUUUUGGACUUUGUUUAAUAAAAGUUGAAAUAAAAGUAU